AUGAGGGCGUCUGCGAAGGUCUGGCUGCAGGAGCAAAGAAGGCAACGAAAUGCCCUGCCGUCGGAGGAGGAAACACGGAUUCGGAGACUGAAAGAACGGCUGCAACUUGGUUUCCCCCUUGAGCCCCAUGACGCGCAGCACAGAAGCAGGCAGAACCAACCGAAGGCCGGUCCUUCAGUUGGCAGCGCAAGCCUACUAGAGCAAAACGCUGUUCUGGUUUCCCGGCUGGACACCAUGGAGGAGCUGCUUCGCCACGGUGAGGAGGAGCGGAGGAGGAUGCGUUCCCAGCUGCUCCAGGCAUCCGACGAAAAUCGCCGGUGUGCCAUGCAGCUUGUACACUCUGCGUUGGAUAGGUAUCAGGGGGAGUUGGUUCUAGAGGAGCGACUGUUCCGAGAAACACUGCUACUGCAUGAGAGUGAGGCAAAGCAAAAUAUCCUUUGGGAGCUGAACCGCUGUUUGCGUGGCGGGAAGUGCACGCGUGCCUCUCGCAAUGAUUUGACUAAAAGAAAGCCGAGACUUUUAUUGGGCAAACAGUUUUACGCUUAA